AUGCUGAAUCCAAUAUUGUUCGUCGUCUUCUUGCGGAUUCCAGGUUUUGUUUUUGCUGCGGACUUGGAAGCCGGGAGGUGUACCCUACCAAGCUUUACAACUUACACUGGUGAUAUUGUUCUUCUAAAAUGCAAGCAUACAUGCCGUAAUGGAGCGACUACUCAGAGAGAUGGAGGAAUGUGUUUGGUGCGAAAUGGAACAAAGCCCCUGGGCUAUGGGAGGUGUGAGGAAGGAGUCUGUGGCUUCAUUCCGGAAAACCAAACAGAUGAAUGCAUUCUUGGAUCAUAUUAUUAUUUCAAUAGCUCCCUCGAGGGUGUCAUUGGCGAGUGCAAAUCGAUUUGCUUAAGUGGAAGGAGACCCCAUCGACCCGAUGGCGAACCUUGCGUUGUCCGAUUCAACCGAAAUAUGACUUUUAUUAACAAUACAAGGAUCGCUGAAGUUGGAUACUGUCACAAUGGCACUUGCGCUCGUUCACGUCCCCCGAUUCCACCGCGCCUGACUCCAACGACCCCGUCUAUUUCAAGAUGCCACAAACAGGAUGUAUAUAUCAGUGAAAACAUACCGAUUGCAACAACGUGCAAUAAUAGUUGUCCACCAGGAAUCAACGAAUAUCGUCCUUUCGGAACUGAGUGUGUUAUUUGGUCAAGAACUUGGCAAAAUGGUCCAUGGUUAGUGCACCUGUUCUUCAUUGGAAGGUACUCGAAGGGCACGUGUACACGAUCCUCAACGUUUUAUCUUAGAACGAGAAGACGUUUUUAG